GCGUGGGAUUUCAGUAUUCGUGUCACCCUCCAGCGCCUCUCCCGUCUGACCGGAGGCGGCCCAGCGCGCACCGACACCGCAGAGAUCCGUGCCAGCGGAGGGGGUGCAGAGUUUGACCGGCAGUGAUCAAGAACCGGUUAGGGGGGGCUGCAGGCAUCUUGCAGCAUCCAAGGCACCGGGGGGGGGAGAGAGACACCCAUGCCAGUGCUGAACCGCGGGACUCGACCCUUCAACCGGUGACGUAGAACUGCGACUCAUCCAAGAAAACAACAACAACAAAAAAGCUGCACAAACAAUAUAUCUACAUAUUUUUGUACAUGGAUCUGAAGUAGGUGAAAAACAAACAGGCGACAGAAACCACGGAGCAGAAGCGCUCAGCAGCUUGGAGGAGUGACAGAGGCUUUCCACCCGAGAGUGGCCGUUGACGGCACGUUGCGCGUGGACUGGAGCGCGGCGAGCUCCCGCGCCGACCUCGCGCUUUUGGGGAACACGCGGACCUGCUUGGCACGCAGACUGAUUCUGACAGCACCUUUGGGCGCACUGGACUUCAGCGAGGUGAAUGUUGAUGACACCGUCGAAAUGUUACCAAAAUCCAGACGAGCUCUCACCAUUCAGGAGAUCGCCGCGUUGGCGCGAUCUUCGCUGCACGGUAUCUCCCAGGUAGUGAAGGACCACGUGACGAAGCCCACAGCCAUGGCUCAGGGCCGGGUGGCCCACCUCAUAGAGUGGAAAGGCUGGUGCAAGCCCACCGACGCCCCAGCGGCUCCGGAAUCGGACCUGAACUCCUACUCGGACCUGACGGAGGGAGAGCAGGAGGCCCGCUUCGCUGCCGGUGUGGCAGAGCAGUUCGCCAUAGCGGAGGCGAAGCUGAGGGCCUGGUCGUCUGUGGACGGCGACGAGUCCAACGAUGACUCGUACGACGAGGACUUCCUGCCCGCCAACGACCCCCCCACACAGAGCACAGACGUGUCUUCGUAUCCACCGUACCUGAAGGACCUCAUCCACAGCCAGCUGUGCCAACACCUGGGCCUGCGAGGGCCCCUCUGCGAGGGCGGAGGCAGCGGGGCGCCCUCCCCCACGGCGGGCUCCCCGGACACCUCGGCCUCCAGCCUCUGCAGCCUGGACGAGCACCACCCGCUCCUGCGCGACCUGGGCGCCCCCCACCGCGGAAACCACUCCUGCAGCAACGUCGCCGAGCUCGCCGCCAAGAUCCUGGCGGCGCUGCAGGGAGGGGAGGAGCUGCUGCUGGCCCGGCUUCAGCGGGCGGCGCAGAGCGGGCGCGGCGGCGGCGGCGGAGGGGGGGACGGAUGCGGGGACGGAGGCGGGGACUUCAACAGCCUGGCCGCGGGAGGUCGGGGCAUCAGGCCCUGCGGGGGUCAGGACUCUCCCUGCUACUCCGUGUCUUACUCCGACACGUACCUGUCCCCCGGCGAGGACGAGGACGACGCCCCCUGCAAGGACUACGAGAGCGCUGCGUGCCAGGCGGGGGCCGAGGGGCCCCGGGCGGAGUCCCCGCCCGCCUACGACCCGCGCCGGAGGGUCUCCGACGUGGCGUCCUCCUCCGGGGUCGUGUCUCUGGAUGAGGAGGAGGAGGAGGAGGAGGGGGAUGAAGAGGAGAGGGAGGAGGAGCCUAAAAACAGUGUUUAACCCCGACCAUCUUUUUUCCAUCUUUCCCCAACAAUCUCAUCCGUGGCGUCCGAAAAGUGUGAACUGCGCAUGCUGCCCCCCCCCCCCCCCCCCUCCCCCCCCUCCCCCUCCGACUCUGCCUUACCUGCAGCAUUUCGACUCCUCCCCCUCCCACCUCGUCCCACGUUUGACGUAUGGACUAUUUCCCUUUGAAGGCGUCCAAACAAUCCUUUUUAUCAGUGUGAGAGCCGGACUGCGGUCCAGUGACGGUCCUCGCGGGGGGGGGGAGGCGGGACGCGCGCGGGACGCGUCCUCUGCCCCCCGUCCUCGCGUCUGUAACAACGGGCAGACAGAAGUGAUCGUUGCAUGUGUGUUGCCGACGUGGACGGGCUGAGACGGUUUGCAAUCUCAGCUGUUCUGUAUCCCCCCCACCCCCCCACCCCCCCACCCCCAGAGGGAGGGAGGGUUGACACUGCGUCCUGGGAUUUGCCCCCCACCCCCCCCCCCACCCCUCCUUUGCAAGAGACUAAUAGCAUCCUUCUGGGCAUGGCUUGCUGAGAAUGCCAAACUAUCUAAUCCUGUCACUACCAAUUAUGAGCAAAUGCUGGAAUGUCUUCAAAGUGGCAGGACGUAUAGUAUGUAUUUUAAAAUAACAACGUUUAUAAAAGGUACCGAUUUGUCACAAAUGAUGUAACAGAAAUGAUAUGCUUUUGUUGUACUAGUUUUCUAUCACUCAGACAUGUUGUUGUUUGCAUUAUUCCAGACAUCAUUAUGAAGGACGUGAACUAAUUUAGCUGCUGGAUACUCCAACGUUCCCCCGUAGCAGCAGCCGGCGGUCCUGAGGUCGCGACGGGCGUGAAGAGAUGAGUUGCAUCGUCAGAUUUUCUAUAUUUUUGUAUUGCGUCGUCUUGCUUUGAGCUCUCUUGCCGACGCGGCGUGUCGGCCCGUGUGGUUUUCUUUGCACGAAGCUCGCGUGGCUGUAGAUUUCUCAUUUUCUUCGUUAUCACUGUGUGAUAUAGUUUACUGAGAAAAACCAACAAAAAAAAAAACAAAUGUGAACAGAGGAGGACGCUGUGAUGCCGUUUCUUUUAGCAUUCGUCAGGAUCCUCGUGAAGAACUCGUUUUCGUUUCUUUCCUCAUGUUUUCGUUUCAGCGUCUCGCCUCCGUCUGUUUCUUUUACCGACGACGUAGAGAAACUCAUCUGCCUGUUGACUCUCAUUCAUACAACUCAGGAAAACCCCGUUGGACCAGAGCAUUACCCAUAACACCCCUGGUCUCCUCCCCGUGACUGCGUGUGCAUUUUUGGUGAUUGAAGCACAGAUUCAGCCCCCGUAUCCGUGUUUAAGUGUAGAAAAGCCUCAACGUGUGCGUGAGAUUGUGUGCGUGACUCUAAAGUAAGAUGUCAGCGAGCAACUUCCGCUUGCACGGUUUCCCCAUUCCAGCCCCCGCCCCUCCCCCCCCGACCCCCCUCGAUGCAGCGAUUCCCUUUAACGUGUCUGGAUGAACACAGAUCAAAGAAAGCGUGCAGCACGUACAUCUGGAACAUUAUUUUGAAAAUACAGACAGGAUGUCGCCUCACUCGUCGUCAGACUUCUUCACGAGAACGCGCUCAGGGGGACCCGCUGAAGCUGUGCCUUUCAUCCGUCACCCUCCGCCCCCCCCGGGAGCCCUGCAAUCACCAUCUUCAUCUUCGUCAUCGUCGCUCCGGCUCCUCCCUCUUACAGGUGAACCUGCCGGCACGCCCCCCCCCCCCCCCUCUCCCUCAACCCGCGGCCUCAAUCUAAUCUCAACCCCCCCAAUCAGAGACCUUCGUCUCUCCGUCCCUGUCACACGGCGUGAUGAAUGUUUCCCCUUCUGUGUGUUGUUACAGCCCCCCCCCCCUCCACAGGGGGCUCAUUACGUAAUGGGGGGGACCACCUUGGCAGACAGGCAAUUAACCUGUGAUUAU